AUGACGAGCACACCCCGCGCAUCGCAGCGCUUCUCGGUGCAAACCAACGCUUCCACCUCCUCCAUCUCCUCGCCUCGACCCUACCAGUCCCAGCCGGACCCCGGUUCCGCCGCAUCCUACUCCUUCAGCCUCAACGGCAUCAACGACGCUCUUCCACCGGUCUUCUCUUCGCGUCGGACGACGAGUAGCACGCUGUCGAGCAGUGCUUCCUCGGCGGUGCAGCAGGCGCUCGUGUCGUCCCCUCCAUCAUCGUCUCGCGCGUUACCCAGCAUUGGCGCUCGCACUUCCUCCGCGAGAUUUGCCAGCUUCACCAACGAAGAGGUCUCGACUCAUCGCGUCGGUGCGGGUGCAGUGCCCGACAUCGUCGAUCGUCCCCGCGAUAAAACGCGGCAGAGCGAAAUCGCGCUUUCCUCGCUCUCCUUUCUGUUUGCCGAGAUGGUGAGUUAUACGCAGAACAGGGUGACGGGCGUAACGGAUCUCGAAAAGCGACUUAGCCUGCUCGGGUACGGCAUCGGACAACGGCUGUUGGGAUUGACACUGCAUCGUCAGGAGAUGACGGGGAAUGCCAAGAAUCCAAAGAGAGAGACGCGACUGUUGCCAACGUUGCUCUGGGUACACACGAGCUUUUGGAAGGCCGCUUUUGGCAAGAGCGCCGAUAGUUUGGAGAGGAGUACAGAACAGGGAAGGGGUGACGAGUAUAUGAUUUCCACGAAUGUCCCGACGUUUAGUAGGAGCAUAUGUGUUCCGAAUGAUAUGAGUCAGUUGUCGGUCGAAGCGAUCACGGCGGGGAUGGUCGAGGCUGCUUUGGACGGGUUGGGCUUUCCGGCCAGGGUGACGGCUCAUACGGUCGGAACGGCGCAGUUUCCCAAUAGGACGACGAUAUUGAUCAAGCUGGACAAGGCGGUCAUGGAUAGAGAGGAGGCGCUUGCCACCGCGUAG